GUAGUAUCGUAGAGUAGGUGUAGUGCAGUGAGAAGCUUGACGGUGCGUCCUCUCCUCUCAGUUCUCCGCCAUCGCUCUUUUUCUCUCCGCUCUCUCCGCGUUAGGGUUUACUAGUAUCCGCUGCUUUUCUGCUGGUUGUUGAUUGAUUGCCGCUGGGAAGUUGAUAGCAUGAUGAUGAGUCGGUCGGCGGUGCAUCCGGUGGAGGUUCCGGCGGAGAUCGCCGCGCCGCCGAGGAUGAGGAUGAAGGAUAUUCAAGGCAUGCCUGGAACUGCCGGCGGCCUCUUCCUCCGCCUCUUCCAGUUCGCGUUCUCUCUCAUUUCUCUAUGCGUCAUGGCCACCACCACCGAUUUCCCGUCCGUCUCCGCCUUCUGCUACCUCGUUGCCGCUGUCAGCUUACAAAGCUUGUGGAGCCUGUUGCUUGCCAUUGCUGACAUAUAUGCACUGUUGGUGAAGCGAAGUUUUAGAAAUACCGGACUCGUUAGUCUAUUUGCCAUCGGUGAUGGGAUCACCUCCACUGUAACAUUCACUGCUGCCUGUGCCUCUGCUGGUAUCACAGUCCUCAUCGGGAACGACCUCGAUAAGUGUGCCGUAAAUCACUGCAAAAGAUUCAUGUCAGCAACAGCUAUGGCAUUCCUGAGCUGGUUCACUGCAUCUCCAUCCUUCUUCCUCAAUUUCUGGUCUCUCGCUUCCCGAUGAGGUUGGUGCUUAUGUGCAUACCUGUUGAGCCUUCCUGUUUUGUGUAAUACUAAACUAUGAUAAACAUUUAGGGCAAUUGUGUGUAUUCCUGAACCUAUAUGAUAUUGCAGCUAUUGAAUUUCUAAGUUUCAUGGUUUCCAUUUU